AUGUAUUCCCGUGUGGGGAGGAGCUCUCCACUUGGAUGCCCUGUCUCGCCGUGGGUCUCAGGCGCCACCAUGAACCGGAACAAGCGGGAGAAGGAGUACUACAGCAUAGACGUGGGCGACUCCACUUUCACGGUUCUGAAACGCUACCAGAGCCUCAGACCCAUCGGCUCCGGGGCCCAGGGAAUCGUCUGCUCGGCCUAUGACCACAACCUGGAGCGGAACGUCGCCAUCAAGAAGCUGAGCCGGCCCUUCCAGAACCAGACCCACGCCAAACGGGCCUACAGGGAGCUGGUCCUCAUGAAGUGCGUCAACCACAAGAACAUUAUCGGUUUGUUAAACGUGUUCACGCCGCAGAAGACGCUGGAGGAGUUCCAAGACGUGUACCUGGUGAUGGAGCUGAUGGAUGCUAACCUGUGUCAGGUGAUCCAGAUGGAGCUGGACCAUGAACGGCUGUCGUACCUUCUGUACCAGAUGCUCUGUGGCAUCAAACACCUGCACGCGGCCGGAAUCAUCCACAGGGCCGUGGUUGGUUCAUGCAGCGGGCGGAUGAUGGAUGAGAAGAGGGGAGGUGUUGUGUUUUCAGUGUCCCUGGGCCGGACCAUGUGA